UGCAUCACUCAAAUAAUCAAAAUGAAACUAAACUAAGUCAGUCACAGGUUUUCUUCAAUCACAGUCAUAAACCCUUCGUCAGCAUCCAAAAAUGGCUCACUCCCAAUUGUAAUCUCUGAGAUAGAGAGAGAGAGAGUAGAAAUCCAACGCACAGCAGCGGCCUUUUACGCCGUAGAAUCUCUUAACGAAGCUCACCCUAUCUGCCAAAAGUUUAUUUUUGCUUUUUCUCUGUGCUGGGACCUGCCGAAAGUAUUUUCCUUUUCUCUUUUUUCUGAUUUUUUUUUUCCUGGGUUGGUGGGAAAGAGGUCAAGAAAUGGCGGAGGUGGCGCCGCAGCUGACGCCGGAGGAAGAGAAGCAAACCAUUAGGGAUAUUGCUGUUGCCGCCGAAGCCCAGACUAAAGUCGGCGAUAUAUUCUAUCUAAUCAACCAACGCUUAGUCCAAAUACUGGGGGGUGGCUGGCUUGUUCGGCAGUGGCGUUUGGAAACUUUUGCUCCAUUAGUUGACAAGAAAGAAAUUGUUCUGAUGGAUUCCCUCAACAGUUUCUCUUUUAUUAUCAGCUACCAGCAUAUGAGAUUUCUGGUAAUAUGGUGGCAUGAUUGGCUCGGGUAUGUAAAUCAAAGCCAAACCAGCAAUGUGAAUGAUGGAUCUUCUUCUGAGCAUCAUGAUUCUGUUAGCUCAACUCUAUUGAAGAGGCCGUCUUACAUUGAUAAUUCUGACUUAAUAGAUGACUCAGUAUCUGAGGACUCUGCUGCGGGUACUGAACUUCAUGAUACCUUAGUUGAAGGCACUGAUUAUAUACUGCUGCCACAAGACGUCUGGAAUCAGUUACAUUCAUGGUAUGGAGGUGGUCCUAUGCUGGCUCGAAAUGUAAUCAACACCGGGCUUUCACAGACAGAAAUGUCAGUAGAAGUAUAUCCUCUACGACUCCAGUUGCAUUUGAUACCCAAAGGGGAUCGUACUUCGAUACGAAUUAGCAAAAAGGAAAAAAUUGGUGAACUUCACCGAAGAGCUUGUGAAAUUUUUGAUCUUACACCUAAGCAAGUGUCGAUUUGGGAUUACUUUAGUCACCAAAAGCAUGCACUGAUGAACGACAUGGAAAAGACACUUGAUGAUGCAAAUAUCCAAAUGGAUCAGGAUAUCUUGGUAGAGGUUAAUGACGGUAAAACAGGGGCUGUUUUGAGCUCCAAUCACGAGAACGGAUCUGCACAAAAUGGGAGCCUAGGGACUGCACCUUCACAGUCAAAUCUUCAAACUUCUGGAGGUUUAUCUGCAAGCAAGUAUUCAUCCAGAAAUGGCAAUUCAGAAGUCCAGUUGCAGAACUUAAAUGCGGAGAGGGCUACAAGGGGGUCUUCUUGUGGUCUCACUGGACUGUUGAAUCUUGGGAACACUUGUUUUAUGAACAGUGCAAUACAGUGCCUCGUCCAUACACCAGAAUUUGCUCAGUAUUUUCGUGAAGAUUACCAUCCAGAAAUAAAUAAACAGAAUCCUCUGGGGAUGGUGGGUGAGCUUGCUUUGGCAUUUGGUGAAUUACUCAGAAAAUUGUGGGCACCAGGGAGAGCUCCAGUUGCCCCUAGGCCGUUUAAAAAUAAGCUGGCUCGCUUUGCACCACAGUUCAGUGGAUGCAGUCAACAUGAUUCACAGGAACUCCUUGCUUUUCUGUUAGAUGGACUUCACGAAGAUCUUAAUCGUGUCAAACACAAGCCAUAUAUAAAGUCGCGAGAUGCAGAUGGCCGACCUGAUGAAGAAGUUGCAGAUGAGUACUGGGCAAAUCAUAUUGCCCGCAAUGAUUCAAUCAUUGUGGAUGUAUGCCAAGGUCAAUAUAAGUCAACUCUUGUUUGUCCUGUAUGUAACAAGGUUUCUGUUACUUUCGACCCGUUCAUGUACCUGUCCUUGCCACUUCAACCAGCUACCUCUCGUAGUAUGACUGUAACUGUUUUUACUUGCAAUGGAAGUGCUCUGCCUUCGGCUUACACAGUAACUGUACCGAAGCAGGGGCGUUGUAGGGAUUUGUCUCAAGCGCUCAGUAAUGCUUGUUCUUUGCAAAUAAACGAGAAGCUUCUGCUUGCAGAGAUAAGAGGUCACUUGAUUUACCGAUUCCUGGAGGAUCCAUUGAUAUCACUAUCUUCCAUUAAAGAUGAUGACCACCUCACUGCCUACAAGAUCCCUAAAGUUCAGAAGAAAACAAAGUUCCUCCAGUUAAUACACCGACGGGAAGAACAACACGGUUCUGGAAAUUCUCAAAGCACUGUCGGGUGGAAGCCUUAUGGAACCCCUCUCGUCUCACCAGUAUCCUGUGACGAAACCAUCACCAGAAGCGACAUCCAGCGGAUAGUUCACACUAUGCUCUCCCCAAUGCUAAGAACCAAAAACCCCGGACAAGUAACCGCCAGCAAGGCAUCAUCAGCUCAAUCUCACGCGGAUCCUAAAGCUUCUGGUCCAAGAAAAGGUGAUGUUGGGGCCUCCAAGCUUCCACUGCAGUUGGUAGAUGAAAAUAACGCUUGCAUUGAUCUAACUGUUGGUGGUGAUAUGGUGGUCAAGCUGUCCUCGUCCUCCAUGUCGAUUCUCGUGUUUGUUGACUGGUCCCAGAAGCUUUUGGCAAAUUACGAUACUACCCAUAUCGAGAAUUUGGCGGAAGUUUGUAAGUCCGUGCAUGUGAGCAAGAAAGCUCGCAAUGAACCUCUUUCGCUGUACACUUGUCUUGAAGCUUUUCUCCGUGAAGAGCCAUUGGUCCCUGAGGACAUGUGGUACUGCCCUCAGUGCAAGGAGAGGCGCCAGGCAAGCAAGAAGCUGGAUCUUUGGAGGCUCCCCGAAGUUCUUGUUAUCCACUUGAAAAGAUUCUCUUACAGUAGGUCCAUGAAGCAUAAGCUCGACACUUUUGUGAAUUUUCCCAUUCAUGACUUUGAUUUGACGAAUUAUGUUGCGAACAAGAACAAUACCCAGCGUCAGAUCUAUGAACUCUAUGCCUUGACAAAUCACUAUGGUGGCAUGGGAAGUGGGCAUUACACGGCACAUAUUAAGCUUUUGGAUGAGAACAGGUGGUACACUUUUGACGAUAGCCAUAUCUCACCAAUCAACGAGGAUGAAGUUAAAUCUGCUGCUGCUUAUGUUCUGUUCUAUAAACGGGUGAAUAAAGAUAGAUCGUCUGCAAGUAAUGGAAUUCACCCUACAAUUGGAGGCCAAAACAUCUCGACUACUAGCUAGCAAAGCUUCGGUAGGCACUUUAUCUAUUUGUCUGUAAAUUUGACCUAACUGAGACAGUUUCUGAUAAAAAUAUACUUAGAAAACUUUUUGCGAUCCAUAUGGAAUUAAGAGGGCACAGUUUUCAGCUUAGGGCAAGAACACAGCAGUCCCAGAUAGAAUUUUUGCUUUUACCAAAAUGCAGUAUUGUUGUGAAAUACUCUGGGCUUUUGAGCUGUGUAGGGGUAAAGAAGAAAUUCCCUUGUAAUGUUUUUUGCAUGUGGUGUUAAUAAAUCAUAGUGUAUUGUGAAAUAUGCCCCUUUUUUUUUUUGCUUACAAA